GUCGUGUGUUUGUCAUUAACUUUUUUACUUGACCGCGAUGGCGAAUUGACAAAUGAGCGCACGCAAGCACAAUGUACGAGAUGAAAAGUCACUGACACGAUAGAUGUUUAACACGGAUUUUCGGACAUACACGGCGUUGUUAUUUUUACGAUAUUUCGUUAUGAGUUUCGUUCGAUCUGUAUCUAUAUGUUGCUUACUUGUAUCUAGUGUCUCUCUCUUUUAUCUCUUCUCUUCCAUUAUUCCCUUUUUGUCAUACUGUAUCUUUUUUGGCUCUUUUAUUUUUGGAAACAAGGGCGUGAUGAAUCGCAGGAUACCAUUUUUUGGUUUUAUGUUUAUAUAUCUUAUGUUUUAUUACAAUUCAUGUACGGUAUUGAUACCAAAUACGCUUCUGUGGUGUAUUGUUUUCGCAUACACAUUUCAAACUUGCCCGGUCGACGAAACCACAGACAGCCGCUGACCAAGUGAGAAGGCCCAAUAAACCUGAAAAGUAUAACUAGGCUUCGAGUGC